AUGUCUUAUAAGAGCAGGAAAUUAUCAACCACAGAAUCAGUGUUGUUAUUAGCAAGUGAAGAUUUCAGAGAUUUACAAAAUAAUCAAAUCGAUAAUAGAUCAUUGAAUCAAGAUGAUGAUUUAGAAUCAGGUCAUUUAACUAAUGAUAUAAACGCAUAUAGAAAUUAUCAGACAAUUGAAGACCCAAUACAAGAGGAAACAAAUCAAGAUAUCACAGAUGAAGAAUCAAUAUCGAUUUUUCAAAUUAAAAACCUUUAUCAAAUUGAAGUUUCAUUGUUGUUAAAUGUUUUAUUGGCAGCUUUUGAUGGUACAAUUACUGCCUCAACCUAUACAAUCAUUGGUAGUGAAUUCAAUGCUGUAAAUUUGGGAUCUUGGAUAACCACCUCUUACUUGAUUACUUCAACUUCAUUUCAACCUCUUUAUGGUGCUUUUUCAGAUGUUUUCGGCAGAAGAGUUUGUUACUUCUUUGCAACAGCUGUUUUCGCUAUAGGUUGUAUUGGAUGUUCAUUAUCUUCAAAUAUUUUCCAACUCUUUGCUGCUCGUGCACUAACAGGCUGUGGUGGGGGUGGUCUCAUAACUUUAGCCACUGUUAUAAACUCUGAUAUUAUUCCAAGUGCUAAAAGAGGUUUAUUUCAAGGUUUUCAAAAUAUAUUGAUUGGUAUCGGUAGUGUUCUUGGAGCAGCACUAGGAGGGCUACUAUCUGAACAAAUUGGUUGGAGAUAUUGUUUUGCGAUCCAAGUUCCAAUAAGUAUAACUGGUUUAAUAUUUGGUUUUUUCUACAUUGAAAAUCAACUAGAAUUUGAUGAAUCUAAAGGUAUUAAAGAUAUUGACAUUGAAGGGUCACUUCUGCUAGUUACCGGUUUAACUGCACAACUACUAGCUUUGAACACUUCAUCAUAUACAUUAACCUUGUUUUCAUUUAUAAUCCUGUUAUCAUUUAUUAAGAUUGAAUUCAAUACCAACAAGAUACCAAUCAUCCCUUUCAAAAAAAUUCAUGGUGCAGCAAAUUAUUUAGUUUUAUUCAUUUCAAUUUUGACAGGUUUUGCAAACUUUGCGUACAUUUUCAUUUUACCUCUUUUAUUUCAAAUUGUUUUGAAUGAUUCACCUUCUACAGCUGGAUUGAGAUUAGGUAUUCCUUCAUUAUUCACUAGUGUGGGUUCAUUAAUAACUGCUUACUUUAUGAACGAAAAUGUUAAUAAUUUAAUAUAUUUAGUCCAUGCUGGUGUGUUAUUACUAACGUUUGGUAAUCUAUUGGCUUUUUUCAUUUCAAUUAAAAUUCCUGAAAAAUUGAUUAAUUUUUUGUUAAUACCUGCAAAUGCUGGCUUAGGAAUGUCAAAUCCAGCAUUAUUAUUCUCAUUCAUUUUACAAUUUCCAAAAGCCUUACAGGCAAGUUCAACCUCAACUUUAUAUUUAUUCAGAUCUAUAGGUCAAGUUUGGGGUGUUGCAACAAUUUCAAUAAUUAUUCAAUGGUUUUUGAAAUUCAAUUUGAUCAAGAACUUCAAAGAUAGUGAUUUGGGGGAAGACAAAAUUAACUCAAUAAUUUUUAAAGUCACAAGAUCAAUUAGUUAUAUUAAAACUUUACCUGAAGAUAUUCAGUCAACAGUAAAGAAAUCUUAUGAAACCUCAAUAAGAAAUGCACAAUUAAUAGCCACUCUAAUAUGUGUUUUAUGCUUUUUACUUUGUGUGUUUAGAGAUUAUUUACUCUCAAAAGAUAAAAAGGUAGGGAAGUGA